AUGUUAUCAAUAUUAGUAAAUAUUUUAUUAAGUGGUGUGGGUGCUUAUGUUUCAUAUUAUAUAAUCUUGGAAUAUAUUCCUGUAUUCGUGAAACGACAAAUGUAUGGAAGGGAUCAAUGCAAGAUCGAUAAUCGCCCGAUACCCGAACCCAUUGGUGUUAUAUCUGCAGCUGUAUAUUUAAUUGUUAUGUUUUUAUUCCUUCCGUUUCCCGUAUACGAGUGGUCACAUUUUGAAUCAUCUGCCCCACAUGAAAAUUUCCUGAUGUUUCUAUCAGCACUCACAGCAAUUUGUUCAGCAGUACUACUUGGUUUCGCAGACGAUGUUUUAGAUUUGAGAUGGAGGCACAAACUCUUAUUCCCAACACUUUCAUCGCUUCCAUUGUUACUUGUGUAUUAUUUAUCUGGAUCACCAACGACUAUCAUAUUACCGUCUUUAAUUAGGAAAGUAAUUCCAGUGGAAGAAUGCAUUGACAUUGGAAUUUUUUAUUACAUUUAUAUGGGGAUGAUGGUCGUGUUUUGUACGAAUACAAUCAAUAUUCUAGCAGGAAUAAAUGGUUUAGAAGCUGGACAAGCCAUAAUAAUAGCAGCUUCAGUAGUCUCAUACAAUUUGAUUAUAUUGCGUCCUUCCGAUUCUUUGUGUCAUUCCAUAUCUUUGUAUUUUUUGCUACCGUUUUUGUCUACAACAUCUGUUCUUCUUUAUUUUAACUGGUAUCCAGCACAAGUUUUUGUUGGUGAUACUUUUUGUUACUGGGCUGGAAUGACUCUUGCGUCUGCAUCAAUUUUGGGUAAAUUUAGCAAAACUAUGAUGCUUUUUCUGAUUCCGCAGGUUUUCAAUUUUAUAUAUUCAACACCUCAACUCUUUCACUUACUUCCUUGUCCACGUCAUCGAUUGCCGAAAUUUAACAGCGAAACUAACACUCUUGGGAUGAGCACAGUCGAAUUCAAAGAAACUGAUCUCAAACCAUUCGCCAAAGUAAUGCUUCAUUCCUUCAAAAAGUGCGGCCUUUUAUAUAGUGAUACUGUUGAAAAGGACAUUAUCAACAAUUUAACGCUAUUAAACUUGAUCCUUAAAUUCACUGGCCCACUGCACGAAGAAAGAUUAACGAAGCUACUUAUCUUAUUGCAAGUGUCUUGUUCUAUUUUAGCUUUUUUUAUCAGAUUUUAUAUUGCUCAAAUGAUAUACUAA